AUGGCAGAAGGUCUUAUUAAGAUACAAGUUAAUUUACAAAAGUCUAUUCAAAAAGCAUUGGUUAAUUUUAAUAAGUCACCUAAACAAAGAGUUACUCUAGAGUAUGUAGAAGUUAGAGCAGAUAAUUUAGAUAAAGACUGGUUACUUUUUCGUUCGAAUCAUUAUAAAUUGUUAGAAGAAUACUAUGAUAAAAUAGAAAAUGACGAGUAUUUUAAAAAUGAAAUUUAUGAUAGUGUUGAAGAUACUUAUAUGGAAUAUCGCGCUUUAUUAAAAAGUACCUCAAACAAAUUAGCAGUUAAAAUCAAAGAAACUGAUUCAAAUAAAAGUGACCAAUCUAAAGGUAAUAACAGUUCUCUUAUAAAAUUACCCAAAAUUUCAAUACCCUUAUAUUCAGGAAAAUAUUCUGAAUGGAAUAGCUUCAGAGACUUGUUUAUAUCGCUCAUUCAGAAUAAUAAUACUCUCGAUAAUGUGCAAAAAUUACAUUACCUCAAAAGUCAUUUAACUGGUGAAGCCGAGCAAUUAAUACGGCAUACUCCUAUAACGGACUCUAAUUAUAGUCAAUGUUGGUCUCUAUUAGAAAGUAGAUAUAACAAUAAAAAGUACUUAUCAAAUUGUAUUUUUAAGCGAUUGUUUAGUCAAAAGAGAAUGUUUGUGGAGUCCGCUUCGGCACUAAAAGACCUUUUAGACACUACUACAGAGUGUCUGCAUGCUUUACAAAAUUUAAUGAUAGAUGUGAGCACCUGGGAUUCUAUAAUAAUUUAUGUUGUAACUUACAAACUUGAUCCGGAAACCCGUAAACAAUGGGAACUGAAGGUAUCAAGUGAUGCAUGUACGGAAUUGCCAACGUUGCAUCAGUUCAAGAACUUUGUUGAAAGUCGUUUCAGAGCCGUAGAGUGUAUUGAGUCUAAAAAAGUACCAGUACAAAAUAAUAGUUCAUAUUCACAAAAAUCUAAUACCAAGUGUGAAUAUUGUUCCGAUAGUCAUAAAAUGUGCUUCUGUAAGAAAUUCAUUGCUUUAGACUAUGAACAGAGGCGUCAGUUUGUAGUAAAUCAUAAAAUUUGCUAUAACUGUCUUGGUGGAAAUCAUACAACGCUUCAAUGUCUCAAACCAACAUCUUGUCGUGUAUGUAAAAGGAGGCAUCAUACGUUAUUACAUUCGGAUUCAGGAUGUAAGACAGAUGAGUCCACUAGCCAUAAUCCCAAACCCAGUACCUCUUCGGAAGGUACAAUUUCUUCAAAUAACAGUACACCUUUAGUUUCAUGUUUUGCCACAACCAGGAUCACAAAACUCAGACAAGUAUUACUUGCGACAGCCUUAGUGAAAGUUCAGUCUGCGUCAAGUAAUUUUCAAAUUCUACGAGCCUUCCUAGAUCAGGGCUCUCACGCUUCCUUUGUAACAGACGCGACAGUUCAAUUCUUACGAUUAAAGAAAACACCUAUUAAGGGUACGGUGUCUGGACUCGGUGACAAUAAAAAUAUUGUAUCCAGAUAUAUGGUAUCAAUCGUAUUACAGUCCUUAACAGAUGUUAAUUUCGAGAUUAACGUCAAUGCAUACGUCCUGAAAAAUAUUACUUCGUACUUACCGGAACGGAAACUCGAAGAAUUAAACUGGACAGUUUUAGAACAGUUACCAUUGGCAGAUCCACAAUUCAAUGCGCCCAAUAAGAUAGACAUCUUACUUGGAGCAGAUGUUUAUGCCAAAGUACUUAAAGAAGGCAUAAAAAAGAACCAAACUGGAUCACUUGUAGCACAGUGCACUAGAUUAGGCUGGAUUCUCUCUGGUACAGUACACUCUGAAAACACAGAUCAAAAUAAAAUUAAUAAUAGUACAAAACAGAUCACUACUAUGCAUGUGCAGGUUAAUGAAAAUGAUAUCCUAAAAAAGUUCUGGGAAAUAGAAGAACAAUUAUUAUCUAAUAAAAGUGAAAAAAUACUUACUGAUGAAGAGCAACAGUGCGAAAAUCUAUUUACAAACACUACAAAAAGGACGAAGGACGGAAGAUAUGUGGUAAACUUACCCUUUAGAAAUGGGAACCCCUCGUGUGUAGGUGGUAAUAGUAGAGAUAUAGCUGUGAAUAGAUUAAUGGCAUUAGAAGAUAAUGAAAGAUACAAAUCUGAAAGAAAAAUAUAA